CUAAUUCAAACAAUUAAACGGAAAGCAAAACAAUAAACAUGGUGAAAGUCACACCUUAAGCAGCAGGAAAAAGUUUAAUCAGUAAAAAAUGGGGAAAUUCCGACCUUCACUGACAACAACUUCACUAAUCAAAAAACCAAACCCAUCUGAAAAACCCCAUCACUUUCCCAAGAAAAUUAACAAAUUUUCCCAGGAAACCCUCCAAACAACCCACCAUAAAAAACCAAUCUUUCAGUCUCCACAUCUCAAUGAAGCUAAAAAACUCUUCAAUUCCUUCAUUUCCACUACAAACGUCCCACUAGACCUCCGUUUCCACAACUCUUUUCUCCAAUCCUACACUUCAAUCUCCACCAUUGAUGAUUCCAUCUCUCUUCUCCACCACAUGAUCAAAUCUCUCCCUUCCCUCACCCCCAACUUAUCCACCUAUCAUAUUUUGCUAUCCCAAUCCUGCAAAACACCUGAUCCUACCCUCUCCCCAGUUCACCAAAUUCUCAAUCUUAUGGUAAAUAAUGGGCUUAAUCCAACUCAAGGCACUGUUGAUAUUGUUGUUAGAUCACUUUGUUCGGUCGGUAGAGAAGAUGAAGCUGUUCAUUUGCUCAAAGAAUUGGCGGUAAAGCAUUCGAAGCCGGAUACUUUUACGUAUAAUUUUCUUGUUAAGUGUUUGUGCAAGUGUAGAGCUUUGAGUAGUGUUUAUAGUUUUAUUGAUGAAAUGAGGAGUCAAUUUGAUUUGAAACCUGAUCUUGUUACUUAUACUAUAUUGAUUGACAGUGUUUGUAAUUCGAAGAAUCUUCGAGAGGCUAUGAAGCUGUUGAGCAUGUUAAAAGAGUGCGGGUUUAAGCCGGAUUGUUUCGUUUAUAAUACGAUUAUGAAAGGGUAUUGUAUGAUGGGUAGAGGGAGUGAGGCUAUUGAGGUUCUUAAGAAAAUGAAAGAGGAGGAUGUUGAGCCUGAUCUUGUUACUUACAAUACUUUGAUUUUUGGGUUGUCGAAAGGUGGGAGGAUUCCGGAAGCGAAAAUGUAUUUUCGAAUUAUGGUCGAAUUGGGUCAUUUUCCUGAUGCUGUUACUUAUACUUCGUUGAUGAAUGGAUUAUGUAGAAAAGGGGAUGCGUUAGGUGCACUGGCAAUGCUGGAGGAGAUGGAAAAGAAAGGUUGUAGUCCAAAUUCGUGCACAUAUAAUACAUUGCUUCAUGGGCUGUGCAAGGGUAGAUUGUUGGAGAAAGGGAUUGAGUUGUAUAAAGCCAUGAAAGAAGACGGUAUGCAGCUCGACACGGCUUCUUAUGCAACGUUUGUGAGGUCUCUUUGUAGGGAGGGCAAGGUUGCAGAGGCUUAUGAGGUGUUUGAUUAUGCAUUGGAAAGUAAGAGUUUAAAUGAAGUUGCCGCUUACACUACAUUGGAGAGUACGCUGAAGUGGCUGCGGAAUGCCAGAGAGCGAGGGCUCGCUGUCUAACAUCCCGGGCUAAAGCCUAUCCAGGCCUACAAGUAGUUCCGCCCCUAGAUGUGAUCGCUGAAGAAUUUGACUGAGCUUAUUCAUAGAAGCCUUGUUCAAGUAGCUAGAGGAUGUCGAAUCCCUUUGUAUUGUGGGAGCUGAGUUUUCGUCAAUUUUCUGUUGAGAAUUAUAGAAGUUUGAAAGCCGAAAACUCAAACUAAUUCUUUCAUUCUUUAAUGGUCGAGGUUAAAGGAGGAUCCUUUGCAGUUCAAACAUUGUCUAACCUUCUUAUUUUAGCGUUUUGUAUCUAAGGGUAAUCUUUUAGAGUUUUUUUUAGUAA